CGUCUGUUUACUCUUCAGCAGUUAGUACUGUGCUUUACGACAGUGUCGCAAACAGACGCACUCAUUGGUAACAACAGGCGCUCCAUGGAAACGAGCUCACGGUCGGAGUUGUGUUUACAGUCUUGGGGAGCUAACAGCUACGGGCAGCUGGGACAGGGAGAUGUGGAGGACCGGUCAGAUCCCCGGCUCUCUGACACCACCGCCCUGCAAAACAAGCCAGUGCGAGCACUUAGCGGCGGCGGGGGUCACACUGUGGUUGUCACAGAGAAUGGCGAGGUAUUUGUCUGUGGACAGAAUCACAGAGGCCAGCUGGGACUUGGCCAUAAAGCAGACAUCUCAACUCUUCAGUGCUGCCCUGGUUUGAGUCAAAGGGUCACAAAAGUAUCCUGUGGCUGGGAUUUUACUCUGCUUCUCACUGAUUGUGGUCAAGUACUGGCAUGUGGAUCCAAUGCAUUUGGACAGCUUGGUGUUGGACAGACUGUCACACACUGUGCACAUCUAAAGGUUGUUGAGAGUCUGAAGGAGCCAGUGUUGAGUGUAGCAGCAGGACUCAGACAUUCACUGGCUGCUACUGUCUCCGGCUGUGUGUAUCAGUGGGGAAGAGGUCUUUUUACUCAUGCUAAGAGAGCACUCAGUCCGCGACCCGUCCCAUCACACCUCAGCUCUGCAGUGCCCUCUCUGGUACCAGGUCUGGAUCAGAAGACCUCACUUGUCGUAACUGCAGGCUCAGCGCACUGUGUGUGUCUUACAGGAGACGGUGAUUUGUUUCUGUGGGGAAGCAACAAGCACGGCCAGCUGACCACCAGAGAGCCCUUCCUGUCCUUUCCCACUCUUGUGAAACGUUCCCUGUUGGGUGGAGAGAAAGUUAUUCAUGUGUGGAGCGGCUGGACACACGUUGUUGCUCAAACAGAGACUGGAAAGGUGUUCACAUGGGGCAGAGGAGAUUAUGGACAGCUGGGCCGACAAAUAUCAACCGGUCAGAGCUCAGAGUGGCAGUCUGGGGAAGGUGGAUACCAAGAAGCUUGCAUCCCUGGAGAGGUGAAAGCCCUCCAUGGAGCAGCACAGAUUGCUUGUGGAUCUGAACAUAACCUUGCCAUUGUAGGGGGGCGUCUCAUCUCCUGGGGCUGGAACGAACAUGGCAUGUGUGGAGACGGUUCACAGACCGACGUCUUCCAGCCACAGCUGGUGUCUGGUCUCAGACCUCGUUGCAUUGGCUGUGGAGCAGGACACUCUAUGGCAGUGUGUGCUGCAGCAACUGACUCAAGGCAGAGCUCUGCACCGACCCCACUUUAGUGGAGCGUCGGAGCUGGAACGUUUAUCCAGUGUGAGGCACUCAGAGACUAGAAAAACAGAAUGCAUUUGUGAUUUAAAAUAUUCUGACUGAUUUAGUGGCUCACUGGUGCAAAGCCCCCCACAUGAUUAUUUUAAGUGCCUUUUUUUUAUAUACAGUAACUUUCGUCUUCUAACAAGCCACCUGAGCACCUUGAAAAGUUCAGGCUUGGAGCAGCAGGUGACAUAAAUACCGUUGCGUGGUUGGACACGAGCAGAGUUAUGUUACACGUGGACAGAGGCCAUCAUUUCUCUGACCAGCCCAUCACUUUAAUGGACAUGACUGGGGCCGAUGGCUUUGCAGGACAUGGUCAUGCCUAUGGCUCCUGGUCCACCUGCCGUGUUUGUCUUCCUGAAUGAAGCUGUUAUGGAUCAUGUGAGGGAUGGGCUAGACUGGUGCUAUAGCUCCAUCUUCCCAUGUCAGCAGUUUUAUGACUGUGAUCUUGAGUGUCAGGAGGCAAUCAAUCUCUGCACUUCAUACUGAGAGUGUCUGUGAUUUACCCCUUACACAUAUAGGACAGAUUUUUUUUCCUUUGGCAGAUGUCCAUCACUUAUUUAUAAUGUUGUCAUUCUGUGUCGUUCCUUGAUGUUUAUGUUAGACUCAUUUGAUGGACCACUUUCGUACUGUGUACUUCUUUAAUCCCUCUUGGGGGAAAUUUGUCCGCUGCAUUUGACCCAUCUUACAUAUUUAUAAGGUGUGGGUGCCUCAGUGCUGCAGCAGCGCCAGAUGCCGGUCUGAAGCCAGUGCUGUGGUCAAACGCAAUGGCAGAGUGGCUCAUGGAUCACAUCUUUGCCAUUUGUCUAGUUUCAAGAUUUCAUUUUAUGCUAAUUAUUUAUGCAAAUUAGAAAUAAGAGAAAACAUCUGCAUCACUGAAAUUAUGCAUUAAAAAGAGUUAAAUUAAUGUGUUUUUACCUGGAUUAGUUUGAAAAAAAAUAAAUCAACACUCACUGAAAAAAAUGAUAAUUUCUGUGUUUUUUUUAUUUAUCACUAUUUAUUGUACAAGCCUGAACUGUAUUUGUCAAAAAAGACACAAAAAAAAAAAUCCCUAAACAACAAACCAAUCAAAACGAUCACCGAACACCUUAUUGAGAUAACUAACCACAAAAUACAGUGUUCAAAACACACACUCUUAAGUCUCACUAAACGGCACACAUUAGUUGCCUCUUAGUUGUGAUAUUGAUUCUGUU